AUGCGGACGAUUGAUCAGAAGACAAGAGAUAUGAAGAUAACUCAGAUUAUACUUGUUAUACAAUUAAUAUGCCAAAUCACAAAAUGUUCCCGGGUUAUUGAUCUGCACUCUCAAAAAGGUAUACAUAUUGGUGACUAUUGCCCCAAAAUAGGUGUAUGUGAAGAAGGCACCCAUGUUAUAUGUUUAUAUUACGAUCCUGAAUGGGACGAGGAGCUGGCAACAUUUGCACAGUUGUGGGCAAACCAAUGCAUUUUGAAGAAUGAUAUGUGUCAUGCUACUAAAAACUUCCCUGAGCCCGGGCAGACCCUUGGAUUGAUACGGUUUACGAUAAAGGAUUGGAAGCCGAUAAAUUCCCCGGACUUCUCAAACUCUACCACUUUAACACCGGAUAAAGUAAAAUAUGCUAUUCUAUCGGUUUUGGAGGCUUGGUACGAUCUUAAAAGUUAUAUCACAGCGGAUAAUAUUAAGCAACUUGAUAACAGAGUACGUAAAGGGACAUCAGUGUACACCACCGACCCACCCACGAAGCCAGGUUAUACGGUGCGAUGUGGAUGUCCUCUUGGAUAUGAUGAAGAUGACGACUGCUUAUGCUAUAGAAGUGGACGAUCUUUGGCAAAUAAUUAUUCAUGUAGAGAUAACGAACGAUGUAAACCGGCCGUUGUGGUUUUACCCAUAUUUAAAGUGGAAGAAGCUCCAGUACCAACGUUUGGAAAUAAUGUAACACGACUAUCGGAUACCACGAAUGAAAUAUUCGAUCGUUAUGACAUGGUCCAUAAGCGAACACUUAACGACUACAGCAAUUUAUUUAACAAUCUACAAAGUAUGGAUCAUAACAGUGAUAAGAUAAAUAGAAGAUUUCCUUUAGAUGUUUCAUCGAGGCAUUUUGGUUUAAAAUCAAGACCCCAAGAUAUUGAUCAUAAUAGUAUACACUAUCAUAUGAAUUCUAUACAAAAUCAGAAAUACUCAUCAAAACGUAGUAUAUUCUCAAAGCCAGCGAUAUUUGAAUUACCUAUGAGGAGAACCAAAAACAUUUUGAACCAGAAUACAAAAAAGUGCAAAAAAGGUGCAUAUAAAAAAGAUGUGGCCCCACGAAAAGACUUCACUGAAGUUAAAAAAUUAGUAUCUAAAUAUUUAGAAAACAAGAGAGUUUCAUUUGAUGUUGAAAGAGUAACUAAAAAUGACAUAAAUGCUGUGUACAAUUAUUCAAACUCGACAAACAGUACAAUAACCGAAGUCCACAACUCACAUACAGACACAAAACUAAUGAAGUUAUUAGAUAAAUUAGAAUUAGAGGUUAGAAAUACAGAUUUUAACAAAAAUAACAAAGAAUUAUUUGAUAGCAAAAUUCGCAAAAUAUACGGUUCCCUAAUAGGUAGAACAGAUGCUUUCGAGCAUAAAGAUAAUAUAGGAAAUGGCUUCAAUGACACUGAUAUUGUUAAAAAGUACGAUGAAAUUUUAAAAAGCAAUCCAUUGUAUAGAAAUCAAGAAGAGUUUGAAUUAAAUGAUAGGGAAAACUAUUUUAACAUAGGACCAAGUCAAAUAUUUCGCAAAGAGAGUUACAGAAACACUGAUGAUAUAAAUGAUACAGAAACUGAAAACAAUUUUAAUGUUGAAAGAAAAUUAAAAAAGAAUAGUAACAAUUUCGUAAGAGAAGACUUUCGAGAUAGUAAUUAUAACUAUGGCAAUGAUUACAAUUUUGCUUUGGGUUCUGAUAGAAGAAGGUUUUAUGAAAAUAAACUUAAAAGUUUACAGAGAAAAAUUAACUAUAUUAAAAGAAAUGGAUAUAAACAUGGCGUAUCCGAAGAUAGAAGAUUGAGGCCAGUCAGACCAACAAAAGCUACUAAUGAAUUCCCAUACGAGAAACCUAAAGAACCAAUAAAUACGUUUUAUAUGCCAGAUCGGGCGAGAUUCUUACACGGCUUU